AUGUUGCGCUCGUCGUUCACCAAAGUGGCUCGUGUAGCGCCCGUGAGAUUCGCACAAACACAAGCAGUUUCCAAGGCUGCCAUUGUCGACCUACACAGCAGAUGGGAAGACCUACCAUCUGUCGAGCAGCAGGAGCUAGUCUCCAAAUUGACUGAGCGUCAAAAACUCCCAUGGGCCCAAUUGACCGAGACCGAAAAGCAGGCCGCUUGGUACAUCUCUUAUGGUGAAUGGGGACCAAGAAGACCUGUGCAUGCCAAAGGGGACGGUGCUUACAUAGCCAAGGGUGUUGUUGUUGGACUUGUUGGAUCCGUGGCUCUUUUCGCCUUGAUCAGACAAUUCGGUGGUGAAGAGCCAAAGACUAUGACAAAGGAAUGGCAAUUGAAGUCUGACGAAUACCUAAAGUCUAAGAACGCCAACCCAUGGGGUGGUUACUCUCAGGUCCAGUCCAAAUAA